AUGAGUCUAGUACCCAUGGACGUGCGCAAAGUUAGACGGGCAGUGGCAAAAGUGGUCCACAAGAUCGAGGCCUUUAGAGACGAUCUUCGAGAGCAUGAGCAUGGUCGCCUCUCACCGAAGCCUGCGCACCCAAGAAAGAAGCCUAGAAUAGAGCAUCCAGAGAUCGACAUCUCGAUGCGAAUCGGGUCCACACUUUAUGAGAUCAAGUAUGUGGAUAUCUUGGCCGGAGAGCACGGGUUGGUGGAGUUGACUCAGGCGCAUGCGGAUGAAUACGAACGGAAAUGGGGAAUGCAUGGAGUGUUCUGGGACUUGCUUGCAGUCUACCAAGGCAACCCGGAGCUACGACAAAAAGUACUUCGAGAUCGUGAUACGCACGGCGAUAUAUUCGAGCGUCUCGAAAAAUUCUACGAAAUCGAAGAGUCGCUGUAUUCGAGGGACGACCACGGCAACGAGGAGGAGGACGACGACGACGAGGACGAUGACGAGGACGAGGACGAGGACGACGAGGAGGACUAG